CAGAGACGGAUCAGUUCAGACGAGGUGAACGGAGACAUGGACGGGAUUCAUCCAUACUUCACCGUGAGGACGUCCGUCUGCUUUUUACUUCUGAUUCUGCUUCGAACGUCUGCUGCCAACAUCUGUUCUGCAGCUUCAUUGGUGAAUUUUCCAGAAAACAAUACGGUGGGUGCCCUCGUGCUGACGAUCGUCAUCCAAGCCGGGGUGACCGUCGAGUUCGAACCUCCUGCAAACCCCGACAACCCGUUCCGCUUGGCUGGAAACAACCUGGUAGCUGCGAGGGUGUUGGACUAUGAGACUGGAAGAACUCAUGUAGUCGAUAUCAUCUGCAGUGAAAGGGCCACCGGCAGCAUGUUAUCUCUCUCCAUUGUUGUAGUUUUGGAAAAUGUGAAUGAUAACCAUCCGGUCUUUGACCAGAACCCGUACCACGUCAAUGUCAGUGAGAUGUCUCCUUUAGGCACAAGUGUAGGCCGCUUCGAAGCCACGGACUUAGAUGUUCAAACGAUCUCCUACACGCUGACGUCUGAAUUUAACGGCUUCACGCUGAUGUCGUCUACCAACCCGGAUCUCCUCGUUGCGAUGCGUCUCGACUACGAGAAGGUCCAAAAUGUCCAACUGAUAUUAACCGCUCAGGACACGCCGUUGGCCGGUGUUUCAUUCACUGCCACCACCACCAUCCUGGUCACCAUCUUGGACGGUGACAACAGGCCGCCGUGGUUCCAGCCGUGCAGCAAACACGAGGUUGGGGGGGCUGUGAUCUGCCAGAGCAACGGCUACACCGGCAGGGUCGUCUUAAACGAACAAGAGACCGGAGUGUUACCUCUGGAACCAGGACCGCUGUACGCCAUCGACGGAGAUUCAGGGAUAAACGAGGAAGUGACGUACUCGUUCUUGGCCGGAGAUGGAGGCGGUCUGUUUCAGAUCAACCCCAACACGGGGAACAUCACCAUGUUGAAGCCGGCGGAUGUGUUGGAGCCGAUCAGUCUGACAGUUCUGGCUGCUCAGAAGACAAACAGUUUUCAGUUUGCCACCACCACCGUCACGGUCAACGUUCAGGUGAAGAGUCUCCACCAUCCACAGUUUCAGAGGCCUCAGUACAACGGCGUCAUCACCGGAGUGGGCAUCAUGGCGAUGGACCUGAAGGCCAAGGAUGAGCCGCUGCGGAUCCUCGCCACGGACGAUGACUACAUGGCCACUGGGGGUAUAAAUCCCCACAUCACCUACUCCUUCGAUGGGCACAGUGAUGUCUCCAUCGUUGGCGGCUAUUUGUUCAUGACAACGGAUCUCCCAGAGCAAACAUUAUCUCUACAAUUGGUGGCAUUGGACACGGCUAACGGAGAAUCAGCUUCAGCACAGCUGUUUUUGGAGGUGACUUCAGGUCUAACCACCACCAGUUUGCCUCUGAGCACCACAGACAGUAUGGCCACGACGUCAAUAGGGGAAACCUCCACCGACAGCAAAACCACAGAAGAAGUGUCCACCUCCAACCCCACUGCAUCCACCUCCAUCAGCCUCUCAACUACCGCCGCUGGCACGACCAGUGAAGGCAGCAAUUCCACUAUUAAUCCCAGUGUGACCAGUGAAGGAAGCGCCUCCACAGGCAGCACAGCUCACCCUCACACAGUGAUCGUACCGUCCGGUGGCUACGGGCCGGUGGACAUGGCAGCGCUCGGUGCGACCCUGGGGGUCCUGCUGCUCGUCUGUCUGGUGGUUAUCGUGGUGCUCGCACUUCGCAUCCGGAGGGGGGACGCAGACUGGAGGAAGAUCUUUGAAGCCAGCGUGUUCCAAAGCUCUCUGGGUCAGGGCGGUCAGAAGGGGGCCAUCCAGUACACCAAUGAGGCCUUCCAAAACGACGAAGAUGGAGACAGCACUGGCUCCGGUGGCCCAGCGGCGGGAAGCGUGAGGGCCGGUGGAGGGGCGGGCGAAGUUCCGCUCGUCGCCAAGUCUCCGGUGCCGCUGCGCGCCCUCCCGCGCGACGACGUCAGCCAGGCGGGCUCGGACAGCGCCGACAACGAGGAGAAGGAGGUUAGACCCAUCCUGACCAAGGAGAGACGCGUGGACGACGGAUACAAGGCGGUCUGGUUCAAAGAGGACAUCGACCCCAACGCCAAGGAGGAGGUGGUCAUCAUCCCAGACAGCAGAGAGGACGACAGCGAGGAGGAAGACGAGGAGCUGUCGUCCAGUGGCAGAGAGGACGACGAAGACGAAGACGACGGCCCGCGGGUAAAAACCCAGAGGGUCGGCUUUAACGACGCGGAUCUGGACAGUGGACUUGGGGUGAAGAUGGAGGAUCGGGAAGACGACUCGGAGGGUGACGAAGCGUUGACCGUUAGUCUGUGAAAAGGCGCCAAAAGGGAAAGACAAGUACGUAGCGGGAAACCGCCCGUAAUAGAAGUCUAAUGAUUUAUCAGCAGUCUUGUAAUAAUCUGCCUCAUCAAUUAAUGACAGAGGACCAGUGACACAGAACCAGCACUGAACACACCUUAUGGAAAACCAUUAAAAAUAUUAUAUAAUUCAUAAUUAAUACGCGCCGUGUGUGUGAAGCUUUUAAAUAAAUUGAACCUUUUACGGCAUUUUAUUGUUUAUGUAAAUACUUCCAAGUGUCAUAAUUAAUGUAGAGUAACCUGAAUAAAGAUAUUAGGUUCAUGUUUUAAAUCAGUUUCAGGCUACUAAUAGUGUUCUAUAGACCCCCUAGUGGUCCUUGCUAGUAGUGCAGUUAUAGUGAAGAUUGUUUUAUGAACUUUUUAAAAGGUAUUGAUUUAUAUUCACUAAAAUCAAAUAUGUAUUUUAAACUUACUAACUUGUGUGUUAAGGCGUUACAGCACAUUCUUAAUCCUUUAUUUUCAAAGAAUGAAAGCGAGUUUAGUCUUUUAUCUUCUCCUUUUAUAUAUUUGGCAGAGAAGUUCCCAGAUUUACUGGUACUUUGAGUUGAUGAUUCACUGGUUACGAUGGUCGUUCAGCACUGACGGAUGAAUACAAUCAUGUCGUUUGAAUCUAGAAAAUGCAGGGAGAGAAACAGCCGGAGAUAAAAACACGCACACCUGCUGUUAGUCUGGUGAUAAUAAAACCCUCCCUGCUGAUACCGAAGGCUGUAAAACAUCAUGACAGAAGCAAACUCUGAACUUACAUUAAAUAACACAGAGCAGGUAACAGAAACGUUUGUCAGCAGAUGAACUGAUGGAAUGGAAAUAAAAUGUGUCUGUUGAUCGUUUGGUACAAACCGUUAAUAAACUCUUAUUCAUUA